AUGUCGUCCAUCUCGCCUGCCGGGUCUUACUCGUCCACCCAACCUCAAGACCCGGGCAGCGCGUACAAAUACGAAGACCACUCAGAAUAUCAAAUCCCAGGCACUUAUUCCAACCAAUUCGAGGUGCCGUUGUCAAUCCCCAGAUCUGAGCCGGAGCCCCCACAGACAAAGUCCACAAGGCCACAGUCAGCCGGCUCGUCAGAACCCAAGGUCCGGCUGCGAAAAGCCUGUGACAGCUGCAGCGUGCGAAAGGUCAAGUGCGAUGAGACCGGACCUCCAUGUAAAUCCUGCGCCGCCCUCGAUAUCCCUUGCACCUUUGAUCGCCCGAGUCGACGCCGGGGUCCUCCAAACAGACAUGCAGAAGCCAUCAAGAGGCAGAAGCUGGAGGGCGUGGCAUACGAGGCAUCCAGAGGUUCACCCACCCACGAUGCUGCCUACAGUUUGGCAGCACUCUCAGCUCCCGUUCCCCUGUCCGCCGAGUCGAUCUGCGAUUUACCCACCUUGAAGGUUUUGCUGGACGACUAUUUCACUUAUAUCCAUCCAUUGAUCCCUCUCCCGCACGAGCCCACGUUCCGCCGAUCCUUCGAAGCAAGAGAAGACAGAACAAAUAGUAGCUUUUUGGCUCUGAUUGCGGCCAUGAUGGAGUGCCUGGUGGCUUCAUUCCCUCGGAGACCGCGACAGCUCUUCAUGUCCGAGCCUGGCAGGUCGCAGUUUCCGAAUGCUGGGGCGUUGAUCGAUAGGUGUCACCAGAUCUUUGUCGAAGCUCGAGGCCUUGGAUACCAAGACAGGCCGAUGAACCUUUACGAUGGCAUUGCCAGCUACCUGACAGGCCUCGCCGCUGGCUAUGUUUUGGACCUUCGGCGCCUGCGGUUGUAUUUGGGCGAGUGUACCAUUAUCACGAGGGAAUUGAACUUUCACCGUCCGGAAAACUAUCAUCAUCCUCUAUCAGCACCCGGCCACACAUACGCUUCUGUAGAUGACCAUCAACACCCAAUCGUCGACUACAUCUAUCAAGAGUCUGGUCGGCGUCUCUUUUGGUUGCUCUUCGUCGGCGCCAUGUCGGCCCGUCAACUUGAUGAUGCUGAAGGUGAUUUAUUGAUGCCUCCAGUAUCACAUGCAGAAAUGCUCCCACCUCUUCCCUUAGAGGUGGACGAUGAAUUCAUCACAGAGUCACAGGUGUUUCCACAACCACGCGGCGUUGUCUCGGAAUUGGUGGGCUUCAAUUUGAACGUCAAGGUCUUCAGGGCCUUUCACUUUUUGGCCGCCUUGGAAAUGGCCUUUGGCGCUAAUACCGUCUACGAUUGGGACCGACAACGUCAAAUCAUCCGCCGCGCUCUACAGAAUGUGAAGGAUGCCACUCGAGAUGCCCCAAAGGAACUUCAGCUAAACCCAGCCAACGGAUUUGGCGAAUGGCCACCUACCCAGACCGACAUCUCAGCAUACUCUCAUCUGUUUAAUGAUCAUGAAGGAACCAAUACCGACCCCACUUUAACCCCUGUGAGCACCCGGGGCCCUUUGUCGGUGCAGCCGUACUCGAAAAGAGCCAUACAAUUCGAGAUACAAAAGGCCAACAUUUAUGCCACGCAACUUUCGUCGAGAUCAUAUCUCGUGGAGCGGUUCUGGAACCUGUAUGAAAUCGUGGACCGCGACAAACUGGCUUUGGCUUCUGAAAAGUCGGGGACGAGUUCUUCUCCCACAGCAGGUAUACUGACCGCGGGAAUGGAGCACGGAUACAGCAGACAGAUCGCCGGGCGGACCCCAAGUGAUAGCCUGAUGGAUUCGGGCGAACAAGUGAUGGCAGUUGAGCGCGAGGAUAUUGUGCGUGAUAUGGCCCUUCUCCUCAAGAGCAUCAACCAGGUCAACAUGGAACCGAACGGGAUGAGUUUCUGCAAUAAAAUCCGGACCGUCGCCUCGACGUUACUCGAGACCAAGCGCUCGAGAAUGAGUGUGAUGCCUACCCUGGACUCGGAAAGUGUCAACAUCUACCUCAACACGUUCCUAGAGAUCUUGUCGAGACUCGAAAGAUUGGGCCCAGCGCGUUACCGAGGCGUGGCCGACACUUCUAAUGGAGGUCUCCUGCGAACUCCCGAAGAAAUUGAAGAGGAAGAGCUUGUGCACUGGGCGAGCUUGAAAGAACAUCAAGAGAGAUUUGUCCGGUCCAAUGGAUUCUGGUAA